AUGGCACUCGUUUCACGAUUCUUUGUGCACCGACAGUCCAAAACAGAGCAGCACAUUUACACUGUCGACGGCAACGACAGCGAAUCCCACCAACUACCUCGCAAAUCUAGCUCAUGGAGACAUCUUUUCGCAUCAAAACAAAAGGGUCAGAUUACAAAAUGGGUCCCCACAGUAGCAGGUAUGGUCAAAGCCGGGGAUGAGGGCCUCUGGACCUCCGCGCUGGUCACCAACCCGCAUGGUCAUCCCGGCGAAGUUUCAUUCGAAGCAAUCUGCGAGAUGUUCGCCAACGAACUUCGACUGCGAUCGAUGACGCCAUACUCCGGGGAGAUUGGCAACUUCAUCAACUCGGCGAGGCGCGGUGCGACCGGUCCUAGGAGGGUGUCGUCGGUAUCACACAAAAGAGCUUACCCCGUUCGAGGGGAUAUAGUGCCAUCAACACAAAGAAAAAGCUUGGAUAUCACAUCAAUUGAGAGAGGGAUUGGAAGAAGUCUCUCCGUCAAAAGGCCAACACCAUUGCUGAUUCCCUUUAACAGAGGACUCAUCGAACAAGGCGCCAUAGGCGAUGUCCAACGUGCAUGGAUGAAAGACGGUCGGCCAGCAGAGUACCAAAAUACUCACAUGGGUGUAACGAUAAAAUCUGCUGAGCUUGCUGCACUGUCCGUGCUGUUGGGCAGCUCCAUCACAAGUGCUUCGAGCAACACCAUCGAUAAAGGAGCCUUUGGUAUUUCGAUCAGGUCCACCUUAAUCGAAGAUGGCAGGCAUAUGAUUUCUCUCGAACGACACAAGCGUAGUACCUCUCAGCUACUGUCUAGUGAAUCUGGCCACUCACCACUCUUUGCAAAGCACCUCGCAUGCGGUUCCCUGCCAUUUCUUCAAGAUGCAAAGUCGACCAGUUCUAUCCUCCUGACAGAUGAUGCUCUCGAGGCCAUACGAUCAGGCGUACCGGUCACGUUACGGAGACGAUCACAACAAGCAUCAUCAGCCAAGUUUCUCGCUACGCUCCCAAACUCACGCGAACUGGCCAUAUACGCUGUUGAAGCCUCCACAAAAUCUAGCCCAGCAACUCCGCUCAUUGAAGCCAUUGCACUUCUUCCAUUUUCUGGUGGUCUCGUACCUCUAGCUUCCAGCUCGCUUAUUGGUUCAAUCUAUUUUAUUGCUUCGGAUGGACUUCACCCAGGACGCCUCUUGCAACGAUUGGAAGGCCUUGUGGACAAAGUCCAACGGCAUUCACCGCAUCUUAACAUUUUUGGCCCGCUUUACGAGACUCAAAAUACUGGAUUACUCUUCCGCGAACGUGAGCGCCUCGGGAAGGUAGCGACCGGCGCUGUUACCGAAGACCUAGCGGAUAAGGUCGCUCGUAUGCAGCGCUACGUCACGCUUCUGCAGCGAAUCAUGGCUCUCGUACCAGAUUUGAAACCACAUGAAGUAUUCUCAGCAGUCCAGGAAGCAACCAAGAGAGAACUCUCCCGCUCCUACGCAGAUGCUAUAACUGCCUACACGUCUGCAUCCGUAUCUGCAUCACCGAACUCCGCUCCAACUAUCAAGGACACAAAUUACCCUAGAUCCGUCGCUCGAAGUUCUGGAUCCAAUGGCACCCUGACGUCCAAUUCGGCACGAUUGUCUAUGACUUUCCCUGAACACAAUCUUGCCAAGCAGGUCGAGGCGCUUCUGAAGUCAGAGCUACCAUUCAGUGUCGAUAUGAUUGCGGUGGUCGCAAGACUAAUCCUUGUGGCUUGGACGCUAAGCGUUGGGAUUGUGGCCUGGGAAGAUGGCGAGGAGGGCUUCAGGGUCCCUGAUGUGGAGAGUUUGCAUGCCAGCAUGUUCUUGGUAUGA